AUGCCUCUGUUAGUGGGGAGAGGAGAUGGACUGGCUAACAGAAAUUUGAUAUUUCCGCUCGUAGUUGUCUUGCUGUCGUUGUCCGCCGUUGCUAAUGCCAUUCAAGAGGAGGCCAAACCGAUACAAGAGCAGCCCGUGCAAGAGAAAGCUGCAAGUCCCCAUCCAGUGGGUCCGGUCGUUUCCGAAGAUGCCUCCAGCAAAGGGAACAUGGGAUUCAUUCAUGCUUUUGUGGCCUCUGUCUCUGUCAUCAUUGUGUCCGAGUUGGGGGACAAGACGUUUUUCAUCGCAGCCAUCAUGGCCAUGCGUUACAACCGCCUCACCGUGCUAGCUGGAGCCAUGCUGGCCCUGGGAAUCAUGACUUGUCUCUCAGUUCUGUUUGGCUACGCCACCACGAUCAUCCCCAGAAUCUACACCUACUAUGUAUCCACUGCUCUGUUUGCCAUCUUUGGUGUGCGCAUGCUGAGAGAGGGGCUGAAAAUGAGUCCAGACGAAGGCCAGGAAGAGCUGGAGGAAGUGCAAGCAGAGAUCAAGAAGAAGGAUGAAGAACUCCAGCGCUCUAAGCUUGCCAACGGGGCUCCAGAUGUGGAGGCUGGAAUGGGGACUGCCUCGCCUCAGGCCAAGUGGCACAGCCUGAUCUCGCCCAUCUUCAUCCAAGCCCUCACCCUUACCUUCCUGGCAGAGUGGGGGGACCGCUCCCAGCUCACCACCAUCAUUCUGGCUGCUCGGGAGGAUCCGUUUGGAGUUGCAGUUGGCGGUACAUUUGGACACUGUUUGUGUACAGGGCUGGCAGUGAUCGGAGGAAGAAUGAUCGCCCAGAAAAUAUCUGUGAGAACAGUCACAAUCAUCGGAGGGAUUGUUUUUCUGGCGUUCGCCCUCUCUGCCCUGUUCAUCAAGCCAGAUGCUGGAUUUUAA